CUGUAUGCAUUUCUCAGACAUGGCGAGACUUGGGAUUUCUCUGUUACUGCUGAAUCUCCUCAUUUACACAUCAGAAUCCGCCAUAGCCAGACCUCCCAACCCAACAGAUUUCAUAAAGUCCUCUUGCAGAGCCACUCGCUACCCUGUUCUCUGCGUUCAGUGCCUAUCAGGCUACGCAAGUUUGAUUCAUCAAAGCCAGAGACAAAUAGCCAUUGCUGCUCUCUCCGUCAGCAUCUCGAGGACUCGAUCAUGUUCCUCCUUCGUCCACAAGCUUGGCCAAGAAACAAGAAUAAAAAAGUCCAGAGAACACAGGGCUGUUCAGGACUGUAUAGAGAACAUGGGUGAUAGCCUGGACCGGCUUCGCCAAUCGGUCCAAGAACUAGGACGAACUGGUGGGGCCGCUGGUCAGGAGUUUGUGUGGCAUAUGAGCAAUGUGCAGACUUGGGUUAGUGCUGCUCUCACAGACCAAGACACAUGUCUCGAUGGAUUCUCUGGUUCUGGUUCUGGUUUUGAUGAAAACGUCAAGGCUGAGAUUAGGCGCAGGGUUGUGAAUGUUGCUCAAGUCACUAGUAAUGCUCUGGCUUUGGUUAAUCGCUUCGCUUCAAGGCAUCCAAGUUAAGAUUUGGCCUUUGUUGAUGUGUAUAUAUGAGCUUUUUAAACUGAGGUUUGCUUUUUUUUAAGGUUGUUUUGCGUACUGUUUGAUGUUUGUGUUCUGUUGUUUGUCAUGUUCGUUCUCUGUUCUACUCACAUGUAACAGAUCUUCCUCUCCAGGGCUUCUUUCUCAGUUACAGCGACCAUGAUCCUUUUGAACUUGUAAUUUUGAUGAAUUUCUGAAA